AUGGAUAAAAAAGCGAAUGAAAACCUAUUUGAAACAAAAACUGCUCUAUACGGAUCAGAAGUUGCGGUACAAAUGAUGGACACAAAGUUAGGCUCUUUUCGAUUAGAAAUACCUUCUGCAGUAAGCUGUCAUUCCACAACAAUAUCCACUGAGCACGAUUCUGAAAUUGAAAAAAUAUCAAACGAAAUGCUAAGCACUCACGACGAAGAUGUAAAUAACCCAGAAAUUGAUAGUAUUGUUGUAGAUAAGAUAUCUGAUUUGAUACUUUCUAAUUUAAAUCUUGAGGAAAUUUGGGACAAAGUUAUGGAAAGAUUAAAGCAAGAAAAUUUGCGAGUGCAGUCCAUUGAAUCACAAAUUGUAGAUCUCUCAAAUUGGAAGAAAGUCGAUUGGAGCAGAAUACUAAAAACACCUGAUUACGCUCAAUUGUUUAACAGAUCAAAGAAGAAAUUAUGUAAGGAUUCAAUUGACAAGGAAGUACAAGAUUUGUUACAUGAUGGAUGUGGCCAAAUUAGGUCAUUAAAUGAUUUAAAAUUAUGGAAAAGCAAAUUUUCAGUUUUAAAAUCUGAAGAUUCCCAAUUAGCUGUCGGAGUUAUUGAAUUUUUGGAAAUAAAUAUUCUUGUGAUGCAACAUCGGGAAAGGGAUUACAUUGUUAAGAUACUAAGUCCAAUUAUUGGAUUCAUAUUUGAAGAAUUUGAUAUUGGCACUUUCGAGCUUAACUGGGUUGAAAAAGACUCUCGUAGUGUUACACAUGGAAAGCGAAAAUUUGUACAUGAAGAAUACAUGGAGUUAGAACCACCAUCGAAAAAGAUGGAUUUAAUAAUAUCAUUACGUUCUUACAAGGUUGAAUUAUUGGUUCUAGAAGCGGGAAAUACUGAAGGCCCCAUGGAUGAUACCAAGUUCCGGCAAGAUCAUUCUAAAAUCAAAAUAGUAAUGAAGGACUGUCUUGAUUCAUUUCGGUAUAAAUUACAUUUAAAAAAAAGUGAACUUGAAGAGGUCUUUGUAAUGAGCAUUCAGAUUACAGAUGGCGACGUUGACGUUGCCAACAAUUUAUCCGAGAUGGAAGACCUUUUGCCAGGUUUCUUGAGAAAUCUUCUAGCAUUACGG